CCAACGUUAGCUUUGCACUUAAGCCAUCCAACCACUUCACUACCUUCAACCUUCUAACUCUCAUUAUGUCCUCCCCUCACUCCCUCUCUCUCUCUCGAACCCAUCAAACACCACUUUCUAUGUCACAUUUUGAGCCCAAAAUGAGUGUCCAAAGUCCCCUUUCCGGUGACGGAGAAGCCGAAAACAAUGUAAAAACAAGAGAGGGAGAAGGAAAGAAGCCCAAAAAAGUGCCAUUGAUGAAACUAUUCGCAUUCGCAAACGCUUUCGAUUACUUUCUGAUGCUUGUUGGAUCGAUCGGAGCGUGUAUUCACGGCGCUUCGGUGCCGGUUUUCUUCAUUUUUUUUGGAAAGUUGAUAAACAUCAUCGGCAUGGCUUAUCUCUUUCCUGCUGCGGCUUCUCAUAGGGUAGCCAAGUAUUCAAUGGAUUUUGUAUAUCUCAGUGUGGUGAUAUUAUUUUCAUCAUGGACAGAGGUGGCAUGUUGGAUGCAUACAGGAGAGAGGCAAGCGGCGAAGAUGAGGAUGGAAUAUCUACGCUCCAUGUUAAAUCAAGACAUUAGUGCUUUCGACACCGAUGCUUCUUCCACCGGUGAAGUCAUUUCUGCUAUUACUAGUGACAUCAUUGUUGUUCAAGAUGCCAUUUCCGAGAAGGUGGGGAACUUCAUUCACUACAUAAGCAGAUUCAUAGCAGGAUUCACAAUUGGAUUCAUUAGGGUUUGGCAGAUCAGUCUCGUCACUCUCUCUAUUGUUCCCUUGAUCGCCAUUGCUGGUGGUGUCUACGCCUUUGUUGCCACUGGUCUCAUUGCCCGUGUUCGCAAAUCUUACGUCUACGCUGGCGAAAUCGCCCAAGAGGUGAUAGGAAAUGUGAGAACAGUUCAAGCAUUUGCAGGAGAAGAAAAGGCAGUGAGAUCGUAUAGAGCAGCACUCUUGGACACUUACAAGUAUGGGAGGAAAGCAGGACUAGCCAAGGGACUGGGGCUUGGCACCUUGCACUGUGUCCUUUUUCUUUCAUGGUCAUUGCUUGUUUGGUAUACGAGCAUUGUUGUUCAUAAGAACAUUGCCAAUGGAGGAGAUUCUUUCACUACCAUGCUCAAUGUUGUCAUUUCCGGACUGUCACUUGGACAGGCAGCGCCUGACAUCUCUGCAUUCAUCCGAGCAAAGACAGCUGCUUAUCCCAUAUUUGAGAUGAUAGAACGAAACACAAUAAGCAAAACGAGCUUGAAAACCAGCAGGAAACUAGUCAAUCAUGAAGGCCAUAUCCAAUUCAAGGAUGUAUGCUUUAGCUACCCAUCUCGUCCUGAUGUUAUGAUAUUCAACAAGCUGUGUCUUGACAUACCUUCUGGGAAGAUUGUAGCCCUUGUGGGAGGAAGUGGGUCGGGAAAGAGCACGGUUAUAUCUUUGAUUGAGCGUUUCUAUGAGCCCAUCUCUGGACAGAUACUAUUAGAUGGAACCAAUAUCAGAGAGCUUGACCUCCAGUGGCUCAGGCAACAGAUUGGGUUGGUUAAUCAAGAGCCUGCACUUUUUGCUACAACCAUUAGGGAGAACAUUCUCUAUGGGAAAGACGAUGCCUCCCCCGAAGAGAUUACACGUGCUGUGAAACUUUCGGAGGCAAUCACUUUCAUCAACAACCUUCCUGAUAGAUUGGAAACCCAGGUGGGUGAAAGGGGAAUACAAUUAUCGGGUGGACAGAAGCAGAGAAUUGCAAUAUCACGAGCAAUAGUAAAGAAUCCUUCAAUACUUCUGCUGGAUGAAGCUACAAGCGCUCUUGACGCGGGGUCUGAGAAGAGUGUUCAGGAGGCACUUGAUCGUGUGAUGGUAGGACGGACAACUAUUGUUGUGGCCCAUCGGCUUUCUACUGUUAGAAAUGCAGAUGUAAUAGCUGUUGUUCAAGGUGGAAAGAUAGUGGAGACCGGGAGUCAUGAUCAGCUCAUUUCGAAACCAAAUAGUGCUUAUGCAUCACUUAUUCAACUCCAAGAGGCAGCUUCCUUGCAUUGCCUCCCUUCCCAUGGACCUGCUUUGGGACGGCCACUCAGCAUUAAAUAUUCUCGUGAAUUGUCGCGCACAACAAGCCGCGACACAAGCUUUCACUCUGAUAAGGUGUCGGUUGGUCGAAUUGGAGUUGAUGGUUUGGAGAUUGUUAAUCCACCACGUGUGUCGAAUGGAAGAUUGUAUUUGAUGGUGGGUCCUGACUGGAUGUAUGGGGUUUCUGGCACAAUUUGUGCACUCAUUGCUGGAGCACAGGUGCCUCUUUUCGCCCUUGGUGUCACUCAGGCUCUUGUAUCAUACUACAUGGACUGGGACAUAACAUGCCGUGAAGUCAAGAAGAUCACAGUCCUCUUCUGUGGAGGUGCUUUCAUAACUGUCAUUGUUCAUGUGAUCGCACAUCUCUCCUUUGGAAUCAUGGGAGAGCGGCUUACUCUUCGCGUGCGAGAAAUGAUGUUUUCUGCCAUUUUGAGAAAUGAGAUUGGAUGGUUUGAUGACACAAACAACACAAGUUCCAUGCUCGCAUCUCGUUUAGAGAGUGAUGCAACUUUGUUGCGUACUGUAGUUGUUGAUCGCUCUACAGUUCUCAUAGAGAAUGUCGGUCUGGUUGUUACCUCAUUCACCAUUGCCUUCAUUUUGAACUGGAGGCUCAUGCUUGUUGUCAUGGCCACAUAUCCACUGAUCAUUAGCGGUCACAUAAGCGAG